AUGUUCCACCUCUUCUCCCACUGCUGGUCGUGGCUGCAGGCCGUACAGGAGCCCGUCAGGAAGGUGACCCUCCUUGUCAUGGGGCUGGACAAUGCGGGGAAAACCUCCGUCAUCGCGGACAUAGAGAGAGCGCUGCCCGGGGAGGCGCUGCCCGGGGCACAGCCCGGCCAGAGCCGCCUGCGGCUGGACAGGUUCGAGGUGACGCUGCGGGACCUGCCCGGGGCCCCGCGCUCCCGCAGCGCCUGGCGCAGCCACUACAGCGAGGCGCACGGGCUGCUCUUCGUGCUGGACUCCGCUGACCUGGCGCGGAUGGAGGAGGCCCGCAAGGUGCUGAGCCGCGUCCUGAGCCACCCCGACGUGUCCGGGAAGCCGCUCUUGCUGCUGGCCAACAAGCAGGACGCGCCGGCCGCAAUGCUGCCCUGCGAGCUGAUCGAGCGCCUGUGCCUGGAGCGCCUGGUCAACGAGCACCGCUCUCCGUGCCGCAUCCGCUCCCCGCGCCGAUCCCCGCUCUCCGUUGCCCGCAGGAGCCGUGUGUCGCCAAGCGGCGCUCGGCCUCACCCGCUGCGCUCCCCCCGCAGGGAGCGGCCGCUGCCCGGGGAGGACGCUCGGGAGAACGGGGAGCCCCGCGCGGUGCGCCCCGGCUGCCGCCUCCUGCCCCUGGAGGAGAGCGCCAAGGGCGCCAGGAGGAGGAAGAGGAAGGUGAAGGUGAAGAAGAAGGGCUUGGGGCAGGCAGGCCCAGCCGAGGAGCCGGAGGCGCCGGGAGCAGGGGCUGCCGGGGGGCUGCUGCUCCCCAACAGGGUCGGGCAGGAGGAGGCCUCAGCCAUCGGGACGGGCACCCCGCACCCAGCACGGGGUACUAAAAAGAAAAAAAAGAAGAAAAUCAAGAAUAAAAUCAAGUCACGGGAACCUUCUCUGGAGCAGCAGCGUGAGGAGGUCUCAAGCACCUUUGACUUGUACCGCCGGGCCAUGCUGGCUCUGAAGAUGAGGCAGGAGCAGAGGAAGCAGCCGUCGGCCAUCGCCCCCUGAGCACGGAGGCA